GGGGCUUCGGCGCGUCGGGGGCGGGGCCCCCGUGCCGGUCACGUGACGGCCCCGGCUGUAGCGGCGGCGGCCGCGGCGUCUUAAGCGGCGCCCAGUGCAGGAUGGUGCUGGAGGCUGAGUCGGCCGUGGUGGCGGCGGCGUCGUUGGCGGCAGUGGGAGUGGGUGCGGCGGCAGCGGCGGCGGCGCCCGCGGGUGGUAUAAAAUGGCGGAUUUCGAAGAGUUGAGGAAUAUGGUUUCUAGUUUUAGGGUUUCUGAACUACAAGUAUUACUAGGCUUUGCUGGACGGAAUAAAAGUGGACGCAAGCAUGACCUCCUGAUGAGGGCGCUGCAUUUAUUGAAGAGUGGCUGCAGCCCUGCGGUUCAGAUUAAAAUCCGAGAAUUGUAUAGACGCCGAUAUCCACGAACUCUUGAAGGACUUUCUGAUUUAUCCACAAUCAAAUCAUCGGUUUUCAGUUUGGAUGGUAGCUCAUCACCUGUAGAACCUGACUUGGCCGUGGCUGGAAUCCACUCGUUGCCUUCCACUUCAGUUACACCUCACUCACCAUCCUCUCCUGUUGGUUCUGUGCUGCUUCAAGAUACUAAGCCCACAUUUGAGAUGCAGCAGCCAUCUCCCCCAAUUCCUCCUGUCCAUCCUGAUGUGCAGUUAAAAAAUCUGCCCUUUUAUGAUGUCCUUGAUGUUCUCAUCAAGCCCACGAGUUUAGUUCAAAGCAGUAUUCAGCGAUUUCAAGAGAAGUUUUUUAUUUUCGCUUUGACACCUCAGCAAGUUAGAGAGAUAUGCAUAUCCAGGGAUUUUUUGCCAGGUGGUAGGAGAGAUUAUACAGUACAAGUUCAGUUGAGACUUUGCCUGGCAGAAACAAGUUGCCCUCAAGAAGAUAACUAUCCAAAUAGUCUAUGUAUAAAAGUAAAUGGGAAGCUAUUUCCUUUGCCUGGCUACGCACCACCACCUAAAAAUGGGAUUGAACAGAAGCGCCCUGGACGCCCCUUGAAUAUUACAUCUUUAGUUAGGUUAUCUUCAGCUGUGCCAAACCAAAUUUCCAUUUCUUGGGCAUCAGAAAUUGGGAAGAAUUACUCCAUGUCUGUGUAUCUUGUACGACAGCUUACAUCAGCCAUGUUGUUACAGAGAUUAAAAAUGAAAGGUAUUAGAAACCCUGAUCAUUCCAGAGCACUAAUAAAGGAAAAACUUACUGCAGAUCCUGAUAGUGAAAUUGCUACAACUAGCCUUCGGGUAUCCUUGAUGUGCCCUUUAGGAAAAAUGAGGCUGACAAUCCCAUGCCGUGCAGUGACUUGUACACAUCUGCAGUGUUUUGAUGCUGCCCUUUAUUUACAAAUGAAUGAGAAGAAGCCCACCUGGAUUUGUCCUGUAUGUGACAAAAAAGCUGCCUAUGAAAGUUUAAUAUUAGAUGGGCUUUUUAUGGAAAUUCUCAAUGACUGUUCUGAUGUGGAUGAGAUCAAAUUCCAAGAAGAUGGUUCUUGGUGUCCAAUGAGACCGAAGAAAGAAGCUAUGAAAGUAUCCAGCCAACUGUGCACAAAAAUAGAAAGUUCAAGUGUCCUCAGUAAGCCUUGUUCAGUGACUGUAGCCAGUGAGGCAAGCAAGAAGAAAGUAGAUGUUAUUGAUCUUACAAUAGAAAGCUCUUCUGAUGAAGAGGAAGACCCUCCUGCCAAAAGGAAAUGCAUCUUUAUGUCAGAAACACAAAGCAGCCCAACCAAAGGGGUUCUCAUGUAUCAGCCAUCUUCUGUAAGGGUGCCCAGUGUGACUUCGGUUGAUCCUGCUGCUAUUCCGCCUUCAUUAACAGACUACUCAGUACCAUUCCACCACACGCCAAUAUCAAGCAUGUCAUCAGAUUUGCCAGGUUUGGAUUUUCUUUCCCUUAUUCCAGUUGAUCCCCAGGAAUUUAAUGAUGGUUUUAUAUCAGAUAAACCGAAUGCAGGCUGGAUGUGAUGGCCUGUCUCCAGGAGGAAAAAGAAAAAAGCAAAUGCAAUGUUUCAUUAACGGAUUAAUAUAGUUAAGAGAUAACCCUCAUCAGGUAAGAAAAUUCACUCCUGUUCCUAGGAAAAUGAACGCUAAAUUAUAUCAAAUGCUUUUUCUGCAUUUAUUUUAUGAUUUUACUCCUUUAAAGACUGCUUCCUGCUUUGGCUGAAGUGGCUCACACCUGUAAUCCCAGCAUUUUGAGAGACCAAGGCAAGAAGAUCGCUUGAAUCCAGGAGUUCAAGACUAGCUUGGGUAACACAGGGAGACCCUGUCACUACAAAAAAUUAAAAAAUUAGCCAGGCAUUGUGGCUGGCACAAGCCUGUGGUCCCAGCUACUUGGGAGGCUGAGAUGGGAGGAUCACUUGGGCUGGGGAAGUUGAGGCUGCAAUGAGCUAAGAGCAGGCCACUGAACUCCAGCCUGGUUGACAGAGUGAGACCCUGUCAUAAAAUAGAAAAGUUUCCUCUAAAGAUACCAGAAAGAGUAAAAAGGCAUAUUAUAUGCUGUGAGAAGAUACUUGGCAACAUUCAUCAUGCAAAGGACUAGGAUUCAGAAAAUAAAAAAUUUUCCUGCGAAUUAAGAGACAGACCAUAAAAAUUUGUUUUUAGGCCGUGUGUGGUGGCUCAUGCCUGUAAUCCCAGCACUUUGGGAGGCCGAGGCAGGUGGAUCACAAGGUCAGGAGUUCAGGACCAGCCUGAUCAAGGGUCUCUACUAAAAAUACAAAAAUUAGCCGGGCAUGGUGGUGGGUGCCUGUAAUUCUAGCUACUCAGGAGGCUGAGGCAGAGAAUUGCUUGAACCUGGGAGGUGGAAGUUGCAGUGAGCUGAGAUCGCACCACUGCUCUCCGGCCUGGGCAACAGAGUGAGACUUUGUCAAAAAAAAAGAUUGUUUUUAAUAUAUGUUUUUUUGAGAUGGGAUCUCACUGUCACCCAGGCUGGAGUGUGGUGUCACCAUCUCAGUUAAAUGCAGCCUCCCACAUCAGCCUCCCAAGUAACUGAGACCACAGACAUGUACCACCACACUUAGCUGUUCUUGUAAUUUCGGUAGAGACAGGGUUUUACCAUGUUGCCCAGCCUGACCUCGAACUCCUAAGCUCAAGCCAUCUGCCUGCCUCAGCUUUGUACAGUGCUGGAAUUACAGGAGUGAGCCACUGCACCCAGCAGUUAAAUGUUAAAUGGGUGAAAAACUGAACAGGCAGUUCACAUAGGUAUCUGAAAAUCUUCAUAAAUUUAAAAAGAUGUUUAAUUUCAGCAAUCAGGGAAAAACACGCCAUCCCACAGUUUUUUGUCUGAAUUGUAAAAUAUGCAUAAAAUUUAUCACCAACCAUUUUAAAGUGUACAUUUCAGUCAUUAACAGCUUGGGCAACAGGGCAAGACCUCAUCUCAAAAAAAAAAAGAGCUAAAAGCACUUAGAAUGUGGGGCAAAGGGAACUUUAGUUCACUAUGGUAGAACAAGCAUAGCUAUUUUGGGACAGUUUUGCAUUAUCUAGUAAAUUUAUGCAUGUGCACACCCUGUAGACCCAGUGGUUUCAUCAAGAGAAGUAUAUAUAGGUUUUACAUCUAUAAAGCUACAGGCUGAUUAUCAAAAAAUUGGAGAUACUGGUUGCUUCUGGGGCAGGGAAGAGGAUGAGCCACAGAGGAAGACUUCAAGUUCCUGGCAACAUUCUCCUCCUUACAUUGGUGGUGAUUACAAAGAUGUUUUCCUUAUUCCUUACAAUGUACGUGUUUAUACAUACUUUUUAAAUGAGCUAAAAUUUACUUAAAAACCCUAUUAUCAUCUGAACCUUCCAUCAGUACCUCCUUGUCCUCAUCUUUUAACAUUCUCCAUGUAUUCUAGGCACCCUAGCUUCCUUGCUGUUCCUCAAAUACUCUGAGCAUCACCCAACUUCAGGAGCUCUUACUCUUGCGGUUUUUUUCCUCCAGAUAUCGACAUGCUUUGCUCCCUCAUUUCUUUUAGGGCUCUACAUAAAAGCCAUUGAACUAGUAUUAGGUUCUGUCACAAAUAUCAAGACAACCCAAGCUGUCACUGGCUUAAACAGUCUGGACAUGUAUUUGUCUAGAACUUUGCUGUCCAGGGCUGGUACAGAGGCUCUGCUCCAUUGUCUUACGGGACCCUGGUUCAUUUUGGCUACUGCUCUGCUACUCCUGGGACAUGUUCUGUGUCCUUACGGUCUAAGGUAGCAGUAUUCACAAACCAAGCAGCAGGAUGGAGGAAGGGAGGAAAAGGAGAGACAAAGGCUAAUACUUCUCAGAAAGGUUCCUGUAAGUAGCAAAUUGAUGCCUACGUCUCAUUGGCAGGAACUUAGCCCUGUGGUCUCAAAAGCUGUAAAGGAGGCUGGGAAAUGUAACCUUUAUUCUUGGUUGCCAUGUGCCCUACUCACAUUCUCCUGCUUUGUAAGAUGGGGGAAAAAAAGAUAUUGUAGGACAAGCAUCAGUCUGCUGUAAUUGUCUUCCCAGAGAGCUCUUACCUGAGUACUCUGACUCAAGAGUCUCCUACACACCUGCGGGGGAAAGGGUGUGUAGGAGACUCUUUUCUUCACUGAAUUUGUCACUUUCAGACAGUAUCUAUUGUCUGUGUUGCUGGACAAGUAAGCUCCUGAGAGAAGGACUUUCCUGCAUUCACUCCAGGAGUCCUAGCAUCUAGAGCACCACCUGGCAUGUAGCUGGUGCUCAAGUAUCACUGAAUAUGUUUUCAUCCCAUAAACCAUAUCCUUUAGCUUGCCAGCUCUUACCUUUCAGAUUCCAGUUUAGCCAUCUUUCCUCUAGGACAGUGGUUCUCAUUAAUUAUGCACCCUGGCUACCAGUCAGAAAUGCAUAUUUUUGAUCCCCACCCCAGACCUAUGGAACUAGAACCUCUGGGGGUGACUUAGCAGUCUGGGUCUCAGUAUUCUCUGUAUACGACAACCUGUAUUCUAAGCAGCCCUGAAAGGAUUCUGAUGCCUGUUUAAGCUUCAGAACCACUGCUCAGACUUUACAUUGAAAUCCCCUUGAGGGCUGGUUUAGUAGAUUUGGAGUGGGAGUUUUAACGGGUUUCCAGGGGAUGCUAAUGCUUCUCUUCAGGGACCAGUGCUUUAGGGGCUCUUUAAAAAAAUGAGAGGUUCUAAUGUAAUUAGACUGGUUUGUGGUCUGGGGUUGUCAGUCUUUUAAAAUCUCUCAAAAUGUUUCUAAUAUAUGGCCCAGGUUAGGAGCCACCUCUCCAGGAACACUUUCCCAUCAGUCCUUGCCUCUGUCAAGAGCUAUCUUAGCAGCCUGUGCUUCCCUCUACUGUAGCAAUUAUCCCACUGCUCAGCAGAGGCAGCUUGUCUUCCUCCCUCACUAGGCCAUAAAUCUCCUCUGGGCAAGGAAGGACUUUGCAUUCUUCCCUCCUUUACCUAAGUGUUUUGAUAGGUGCUCAGUAUUUAUUGAUUGGAUUAAUCGAAUACAUGGAAUGCCUCCAACUCUUAGAAGCAAACUUAAACUGGCUCAGUUAAUGUGAUUACCAGAUAGAGGACGAUAUUCUCCUUUGAUGCUGACAGCAGUGCAAAGAAAGCCAAGUGUUCUGUGGUUUGGGAUGAUGUUUCUGGAAGGACAAUAGAAUGGAAGCUGAAUCAGAUGUUCCACCUCACUUAGAAUCGAAAUUCAGAUUUUCGAGCAGGGUCUAGCAGGAUAAUGAGGUCGCGGUUAAGAGAAUCGGCUCCAUGUCCCGACUACCUGGGUUUGAAUUCUGCCCCCUUCUCUGUUGCUUGUAUGAUCUUGGCACAGUUAAUUAUUCUAUAUUCCACUUUCCUGUUGUGCAAAAUGAGGUUAAUCAGAGUACUUUCCUUUCGAGUUUGUCAGUUUUGAGGAUAAGAAUACAUGUAAAGCUAUCAGCAAUACUGGACACUUACUAAGUGCUAUUACACUACCUUUUAAUCAGUGGAAAUAGUCAGAAAUUAUCUAAUUAUUAAAUCUUGGGUUGGAAUAAAUGGUUCUCAUUUUCCUAGCCCCUACUUAAGCCCAAAUAUGAACAUUUUCCCUCCUCAGUAGGACCAUGAAUGCAACUAAAAUUGUAAAAAGCAGUGAAGCAAUGCAAGCUUAUAAAAUUACUACACCAAAGGCAUCCAAGUAUUUGCCAGCAUGAACUCAUUGAUAUAUUUCACUCAGUUUGAAUUUCUAGUUUGAAAUAAAUCUGGUUUUAAACUGCUCAUUAGUGUAUUUUGUAGUUGAAUAUAUUUUGUGUAUAAUAAACUUACUAUAUUGUACUUAUUUUGUGACUAGUCCCAGAUUACAUUUUAAUUGCUUUUAUUAACUUGGCAAUACCUCCACCAAUUUAUUUCCUUUGAAGGUCUUAGAGCUUAGAGGGGAAAGUGUUUUAAGCUCUGAAGAGAGGUAAAGGUAUUAAAACAUACUGUUUUUUUACAGAUAUUAAGUCUUUUAUAUAACUACCCCCCCCAAAAGCUACAUUCCAUAAUCCCCUGAGGAAUACAGGGCAGAAAUCUUUUCACCUCUUAACUUCUUAUUUUCUAAAGGGAAAUCAAGCCACAGACUGUUCACCAAAAAUCAAAUAAUUAAGACUCCAAACUGACUUUCAACCUAAGACAUUUCCCAUCAGGCCCUGCUGUCUCUUGGAAGAACAGUAACUACACUAUAUAAGGCUUGGGAGGUGGUGCUGAUGGGCUUCAAAGAACAGUGUAAGGUCUCUCUCUAUAUAUAAUACACCCACUUCAUCCAAAUCCAUAAACCCUAACCCAGUGAUUCCCAGCCCUGGAUGUACAUCAGUUACCUGGGGAACUUGCAGAAAUUCAUCUGUGAUUGGACCCUUCUUCAAACUGAGUCAGUGUCUGGAGGAUGGGGACCCAGGCAUGGGUACUUUUUAAAGCUCCCCUGGGGGGAUUCGUAAGGUGCAACCAGGGCCAAGAGCCAUAAUGCCUAGUAUGUUGGGAUGCCUUUGAUAAAUACCUGCAAUAAUUGAAUAGCAGAAUGAACAUAGGGCUGUAAGAAAUUGUAGCUUUCUGAAGCUCUCAUCUGCCUGUAGAGAGGCCUCCUUACUCCAGAGGCUUCCAUCUAUGCAAGAGAAUCUCAGUUGCAGUGGAAAGCCUGCUAAAGUAAAAAUUGGGGUAGCAGGAGAAAUACACAUUGAAGCUUACUGUUGUUCCCUUACACUCCAGUCUAGCUGUUGGAGUAGGUGCCAGGCUUUAGGGGAGCUCUUACUAAGAUAGAAAGCCACCCUGGCCUUCUUAGUUGCCUCAUAGCUGCCCUUCAAGGGAAUGUUUCUGGAGGUUCUGCAGGGUUUGGCAGGGAGGAAGGGAUGGUUCUUCCUGCCCUAACGCAAUCUUCCAAGUCUAGGAGAGGGGACAGUAGAUAUUGAACAAGGACUCCAGGGCAGCUGUUGGAGCUGAUGACCAAUACCUAGGACCUGUCCUAGCACCUCUUAGGCAUGGGUUUGGGGGAGCUCUGUCUGCAUGAAGCUGAAUUUUCUGCCUCCUCUGGCAUAGAGGUACAAGCAGGAUUAUAUUAAUGUAAAGGAAAUAAACACAAAUGCCCAAGUCUAUACACAGAUUUAUGCCAUAAAAUAGAAAGGUUAGCCUGCAUUGAAUAUCUAAUAGCCAGUAUUUAUUGAUUCCUUCUUACGUGCCAGGCACUGGCUAGCUCAUUUAAUCAUUACAAUGGUCCUGUGAGGUAGAUGCUGUUGUCUCCAUUACGUGUUAGAAAAAUUGAGGUGAAGUGAAAUAGCUUGCCCCAAGUCACACGAUAGCAGGUAAGAAAAAUGAAAUUAGGGCACCUCAUUCCAGAUCCUGUGCCCUUAGACUUUACCCAGAUGGUUGGCUAGGUCUUUUCACCUACAUCUUCUCACUUAAUCCUCAAACAACCUGUAAGACAAUAGUAUUUCAGCAAGUGGUUUUACAGCAAAGAAACAGAAGUGCUGAGAGAGAAACUUGUCCACAUCUCACAGCUAGUCAAUGGUGGACUCCAGGUCUGUCUGGUUAAUCACCAUCCCAUGUGCCUUUUUGUUUGCUGAAUGUUAAACACACAUUCUGAUUCUCCACCUGUUCUCUGUCUCCUCUCCCUUUCUCUCUGAGAGAAUAAAAAUGGCAGAGCCAGUCCAUUCCUGGUCUAGCAGGGCACACACACAUGCAACUGUAAUGUAAGGUAACCACAUUCUAAUGCAAUAAGUGCCAAAGCAGUUCUAUGUAAAGGUGAUGGGGAUGGAGGAACUGCUCUGACAAGGAGGACAAACUUCUGGCAAAAAACCAAAGGAAAAAGGGACUUUUCAGGUGGAUCAGUUCAACAGACUCAUUCCAAGUGAAGAUAGCACCAUGUGUAAAGGCUCAGGAUGUGAGAAUGUGUCUAUACACAAGGGUAGGUCCAGGUUUUGUGGAGCUGGAAAUUAUGCAAUUUUAGGGUCCUUUAAGAAAAUGCAGUAUUGGGAAUGCUAGUAUUGUACUAAGAGGUAUGAAAGUCAAUGUUCAUUAACAAUGAGAAUAGUCAUGGCAAUUCAAGAUGUUAAAAGCUGACUGUGUUGGGGGUUUUUAAGGAGUACCCACAGGCCCCAUAAUAAAGGAACUCAGAAAAGAUUAUUUGGGCCAGGCGCAGUGGCUCAUGCCUGUAAUCCCAACACUUUAGGAGGCUGAAGCAGGUGGAUCACCUGAGGCCAGGAAUUCAAGAUCAGCCUGGCCAACAUGGUGAAACCCAGUCUCUCCUGAAAAUACAAAAAAAAAAAAAAAAAAAAAAAAAAUUAGCUGGGUACAGUGGCUCAUGCCUGUAAUCCCAGCUACUCAGGAGGCUGAGGCAGGAGAAUCACUUGAACUUGGGAGGUAGAGGUUGCAGUGAGCUGAGAUCGCACCACUGCCCUCCAGCCUGGGCGACAGAGCAAGACUCCAUCUCAACAACAAAAGCAGUUUUGCUUAUGGUAAUUGUUUACUACAACAGAGGAUAUGGAUGAAAAAUCAGCAAACAAAAAGGCACAUGGGAUGAAGUCCAGGAGAAACUAGGUCCAAGCUUUCAUUUGUCCUCUCCCAGUGGAGUUGCACAGACAGGACUGAAUUAUCCCAGCAAUGAUAUGGCAAUGUUUGUAGAGUGCAGAUAACCAGGGAAGUUCACCUGAGCCAUGAUGUCCAUGGCUUUUAUGGGGGUGGGGGUCACUCACAGGCAUCAACAUCUGAAUGACUGACCUUAGCUACUUGGUCUCUAGUCCCUUAGAGGUCAAACUGAUAAAGCAUGGCUCAGGGACUCAGGCACACAAAAACCCUUCCAUCAGGAUAUUCUAAGGGUUCAGAAGUUCUCUUCUAGGACCUGAUCAAGGGACAGUCCUUUAUUUGGCAUGUGCAGGGUUGGAACAAUAUGAGCCUGCUGAGUUAACCUUUUUCUGCACAUUGAGCAAUACCACAAAGUCUAGAAAGAAAUUUUGUUAACUGCUUGACAUAUCACUAUAAAAUUUUUUCUACAUUAUUGCAUUUCUUCUUGAGUGCAUCUUCAUAUUUUGUAAUAUUUUCUAUUAUGAGAACAAAAGAUCAUUUUUCUAGAAAAGUUGAUUAGAACUUAUUGAUGCGAGUUGGAUGCCAAAAGCAUGCAGUUUCACAGACCUGCUGUUUGUGGUAUUGUUACCAGCAGAGGGUGUCCAGGUUCUUGGCGUCUUGAACAAAGAAUUGGGCAGAAUGCACAAAGCAAGGAAAGAAUGAAGCAACAAAAGCAGACAUUUAUUGAAAAUGAAUCCCACCACAGGGUGGGAGUGCUGGGCCAAGGUAUAGGGUCUCUAGAACCCUGUUACAGAAUUUUCUGGCGUUUAACUACCCUCUAGAGGUUUUCAUUUGUUACUUGGUAUACACCCUAUGUAAAUGAAAAAGAUGAAGUAAAGUUACAAUGUCAUUUACUUGGUGUAUGUCCUGUGUAAAUAGAAUAUUUCCUGUCAUAGCU